AUGUCAAGCAGUGAAAACGUCGUUCCCGGCCUUGUCGAACCAGGUGACCUAUUUCCAACUGAAGAUGAGAGCCUUGUCUAUGAGCCCAUUGCACGACUUGUGAAGAAUCCUGAACCAGGAUCUAACAAGCUCGUGAAACAUACCUUGCAACAGUACCAAGAUGAAGCUGCAUACUGCGCGUCCAAGUUGGCUGUGAUGGCUGCAAAGGGUUGGGACUUGCGGGUUGAGGCAAACUCGAAGCUGCACCGGAUCAACAAGGAACGUCGCAAGAAUGGCUAUCCAGCCAUUCUUGCUUGGGUGUUCGAAGAUGACAUGUCUGGUGUGUGGCCUGUUCGCUACCUCGUUGAAGAUGGAACAAGGUCGAUGCUCCCAUACUGCAACGACUUCCCUGAUACCUUCAUCUUCGAGAGGCUCUUCAAAUUGAAGUUGAUUCUUCCUGAUCCCUUCACUGAAGCCCACAAGACAACGGACUUCUGCGCCAUUUGGGGAUACAACGAAGAUGAGUACAUCAACCGAUACCAUCGUUGGUUGGCGGAAAUUGACUUGCUCACAGAAGGUGUGGAGGAAACUACCGAAGUGUCCAGCGAAUUGUCAAGUGAGUCCAGCACUGGCAGUGAUUUGGUCAACAUGGGUGGCGUGAAUCUGAGGAAACUUGAGCGUCUCAUUGACAAUGGAGCUUCUUCCCCUGAUUCGUCUCUCCUUGAAUCUUCUUCUCCCGGAUCUUCUUCUCCCGGAUCUUCUUCCGGUUCUUCUGGUGGUAUUGUCUUUGAUUAUGACUGCAGUGGCAGCGAUGGCAUCGAAGACGGUAAACCUGCCGCUGCUGGAUCCCCACGCCUCAAUGUGGAAAAGCUUGCCCAGUUGGAUGACGAGAUUUGUGAAAUCUUGAUGCGUCCCUGCAAAUGGGGUAUCAUGACUCAGCUACCAGCGGAGGACGAAGAUAACACUGCUGCUGCAAAGACAGACACUGCCAAUGAGGAGUCUGAGGAAGAAGAAAGCCCAAAGAAAAAGCAGAAGACUUCAGACAAUGAGGAGGCAACGAUCGAUGGACAGGAAAGUGGAGGUGACGAUAGCGAAACUGACCAAGUUCCUUCUGGCGUCGAAAUUCUUUGCACCGGAAGCUUCUCUUACUAG